GCCCUCCUGGCAGCAGUGGUUACACGGACCAGCAGUGCUCGGCUUUUAACGAUCGCCUCGUCGCCGGUCGUCGUUCUGUCAAGUGGCUCGCCGUCGAGGAACACCCGCAGAGUCGAAAUCCCUGCGAGCUGCGGUGCCGGUCGCAUGAUUCAACGAUGACCCUGAGCUUCGGCAAGAUGGCGAACGGCACUCGUUGCGGCCAGUCUAGCGUCUGUAUCAACGGACGCUGCGUUGUAGUUGGCUGUGACGGUCUGGUCGGAUCGACGGUGCGAGCCGACAUGUGCGGAGUCUGUGGUGGCCGGAAUUUCUCCUGCGUGCAGGUGCAACAGAUGUAUUCUUCGAAGAAAGGCGAACUCUUCAAUCUCACCGCUGUGACCGUGAUUCCCAGUGGUGCCACCAGCAUCUACAUUGAGGAACACACCUUGAACACGCUUUCACUCUGGGACCGAUGGCCCUAUCCCGCGGGUACCAACAAGACCGCUGUCCCGGUUCAGCAAAAGGCCCGGACAAGUCCCGAGGAUAUUAUCUCAGCUGGAGGCGCGCUGUUCGUGCACAAGACGCAGCUCAACGGAAGCGAGACUCUAUCCUCGAAAGGCGCCACGAGGUCGCCGGUCACGCUUGCUGUAUACCUGGUCGAAAAGGGCAGCCCAAACAUCCGGUACGAGUACUGGAUCCCUAAGGAGGGCGGUGGUCACCGCGACGUCACCACUGACCUCACCAAUACCGAUGUCGCCGUACUCCGGGAUGGUGACGUGGCAUGGACCCGCCCGCCGUCCAGUGAAUUCUUCCGAAGGGCGCAGUUGUCGGUGUCCUCACCUAGCGACAACCGAAUACCGCUCUCCGUCUACCAGCCCGGACGGUAUGCCGAGGCUUUGCCGUCACGGCCAGGAAAUGACGUCAUUGAGGUCCCGGACAGAAAGGACUUCGGCGGUGGCACAUUCCAUGGCAAUGAAGAAACGAAACGCAGAACGAAGAAGGUGAAACCAAAGAAAGGCCGCUGUCCAAUCUGUCACCGGGCCAGAAACCAAAGGAGGCACUUCUGCAAGAGCGACAUUGUGGUUCAUGCCCUUGUGCUCUCCUUCGAGCGCCUCGACGGAUCUCUGCGCUACGACGUCAUAAUAUCGGAGUCCUACCGUAACCUACUGGACCUCCAGCAGCGGGAGUUCUUCUGGGUCCCGGACGCCAGAUGCCCGUGUCCCAAACUCCGGGUGGGUCGCGAAUACGUCAUCACCGCGCAGGCUCACAACGACCUCCUCAACAAGGAAUCCAAGUUCGUCGUGGACAGCACGUGCUUUGUGCGCCGAUUCACGGAACGGAGACGCAAGCAACUCGAAAGGCUGCGUGAGACACAGUCCAGGCGCUGCAAUGUGACGACUUAGCGGCAGUGUUCGGUUGCUCGAACCCUGCGCCCCAGAGUUCGUAAUCACGUGGCGGGUGCUGACCGUGAAUUGUGAUGCCAUGUGGUCGUUUUCGCCUGAGCAGGGUUGUGACACCACGGUACGUGGUUUGCGGGAACAGAGCAAAUGAUAAAGCCCAC